AAUGGCUCAUUUCCUUUACAUAUUAGAGAAGGGAGGUGAGGGGCAAGGAGCGAGUUACAAAUACAGGUUUAGUAAAACUUUUAGAACCUCUUAAUACCUUUUGUAACAGGACAGCUUUCUCUGAACUCUUUAUCGAAGCAAUGGUACGGGUCAGUCGUUUCACAGACUCCAAUCCUGAAGUAGAAGGAGCUACACAAGAGCUCAGUGUACAGCAAUGGGUCCCUGUCUGCAACAGUAACACAGGGAGGAAGCGCUCUGAUGAAAGCAGUGGCAAGCAGAACCAGGAAUCGUACGGCCCUGCCAUGGCUGGGGCAGCAGAUGGGUUGAGGAGUGAAGCUGCGGACACAGCUCACAUCAGCAUGUCUAUAGCUGACCCCACAGCUUGGGCCACUGCUAUGAACAACCUUGGAAUCAUCCCUAUGGGGCUUACUGGACAACACCUCCUUUCAGACUCAGUCUGCUUACCAGGGUUUGAUCCUGGUCUGGGAAUAAUGACCGGCAUCACCCCAAUUAACCCUAUGAUGGCUGGAAUCAGCUUGGUGCCGCCUCCACCGGUACCUUUAGAGCUCCCUAUCAUCAAAGAAAUCAUUCACUGCAAAAGCUGCACACUCUUCCCUCAGAACCCAAAUCUGCCACCACCGUCGACAAGGGAAAGACCUCCAGGAUGCAAAACCGUGUUUGUGGGAGGACUGCCAGAGAAUGCCACUGAGGAGAUCAUUCGAGAAGUAUUCGACCAGUGUGGGGAAAUCACUGCCAUCAGGAAAAGCAAAAAGAACUUCUGCCAUAUUCGCUUUACUGAGGAGUUCAUGGUUGACAAAGCAAUCUACCUGUCAGGUUACCGCAUGCGGAUUGGAUCAAGCACCGAUAAAAAGGAUUCAGGACGCCUUCAUGUUGACUUUGCUCAAGCAAGAGAUGACUUCUACGAGUGGGAAUGCAUGCAGCGCCUGCUGGCCAGGGAAGAGCGGCACCGAAGAAAGAUAGAGGAAGAGAGGCUGCGUCCUCCAUCUCCCCCUCCCAUAAUGCACUUCUCAGAGCACGAAGUGGGCCUGCUGGCAGAGAAACUCAAAGAUGACAGCAAGUUCACGGAAGCUAUUGCUGUGCUCGUCACCUGGAUUGAUCGUGGAGAGGUGAACCGUCGCUCUGCAAACCACUUCUACUCCAUGGUCCAGUCAGCAAACAGCCACGUGCGACGACUGAUGAAUGAAAAAGCAAUUCACGAAGAAGAGAUGGAGCUGGCCAAGGAGCGGUUCAGAGAUUCUCUGUCGGGAAUCCUAACACAAUUUGAGCAGAUUGUGGCCGUUUUCGCCGCCGCUACCAGGCAAAGGGCAUGGGACCAUUUCUCAAAAGCACAGCGCAAGAACAUAGACAUUUGGCGAAAGCAGUGCGAGGAGCUGCGGAAUGCUCACAGUGAGGAGCUCAUGGGUAUACGGAGGGAAGAGGAGAUGGAGAUGUCAGAGGAUGAGUCGGAAGAAAAUCCCAAUAAGAAAAUCAAAAUGAAUGACUCAGCCUUGGCUGCUCAAGCAUAUGCCCUGAAAGAAGAGAACGACAGCCUUCGCUGGCAGCUGGAUGCGUACAGGAACGAGGUGGAGCUGCUGAAACAAGAGCAGGGGAAGGCGUGCAGGACUGAGGAGGAUCACACCAAGGAGCAUCAGCUUCACUUUCUACAGCAGACCAUGCAGGGCAUGCAGCAGCAACUGGUGGAACUACAAGGAGACUUACAAAGGAAAGAAUCUGAGCUAGAACACGCAAGGGAAGAGCAAAGGUGUAUGGAGGUGCAGCUCAUCGCCUUAAAAGAAAAGGGAAUGGAAUACAAGAAAUGUGGACAUUACAACAUACAUCGAUGCUGAAACGUAAUGGAAUGCAAACCUGUGAAAGGAUCUUCAUUUGUAAAUGCCCGUUCCCCACCUCCCUCUUCCGUUGAGAACAUUGAUGCAUUCUGUACGGUGGAGAUUGAACGUGUAUGUAAAGCAGGAUGGCAGUCUUACACAUUUCUACAUUUCAGUGUUAGCCUGUUAGACCAGAGAUGUGCCAUGUGUAUGGAUCACAGUCCCACAUGAAAGGGGAAGGAACCCCAGGGACUUGUAGAGUAUUCACUGCCAACUGAAUGACUAGCUGUUGACCAGAACAGGCAGUCCCCUUUUGUUUUUCAUGUCAGUGCUUUUAAUCCCAUUCAUGAAUGCAGAUAUUAGUCAGAUUGCAACAGAGCCCUCAAAACCUGUUUACUUUGUAGCGUAUAAAGCUGCUUACAAAUUGGAAUUACCCAUGCUUAAACAAAAUCCAAUAAAAAAACUAAAUAAAAAAAAUUAAAAAAACAACCCUACAUUCCUCUUGCCCGACUGCAUUUAAUAAAACACAUGCUGCUUUUUAAUAAACGCAGUUAUGGGAGUUGCAGUUUAUUUUCUCCUACAGUAUAAUUGCACAGGGUUUUGCAAUAUAAAUCUGGGGAAAUGAAUAUGGGCUUCAGCGUCUCGAGACAUAGCAAUAUAUUUUCUUGCCCUGAAUUAUUCUGUUACUAUUAUAGGACCUCUCUAAAGUAAUCAUCUUAAGUGGUUGUUUUGGCUCCAGUUGCUCUUUUAUUACAGUGCUUGGCUGCCAGCAUUAUUACUGUUACUGUGUAUUAAGGUGUAUCCACAGUGGACGCGAGCGAAUAAUUUAGACGUCACUGCAGUCAAAUGGGAGUAUCCACACCAGCAGCGAGCGAUGUGAGCAACUUCGCUUUGAGAAAAUUUCAGCGUCAAAAACACACCUCAAAACACGUCACGCCUCAAAACAAGUCAAGCCUCAAAACAAGUUAAUCAUGGACGACGAAAAGUAUACUGAUGAGGUACAGCAGUAUCCUUUAUUAUAUGAUUCAAAUUGAACGACUACAAAGACAUCCAGAAGAAAGACAAUGCCUGGGUGGCUUGCAGGUGGUGCAUUUAGCAGCACCGAGACAUUUUCUUUCCGAUUAUGCAAGUUGAAUAAAAAUAGGUUUAUUAAAUGAAAAAUGUGCACUUUUACUGGCUUUUAAAAAUGACACAAAAAAGACCCCGCAUUCACACAAUUUGAACAUGUGACCUAAUUUUAAGCUAUGGCUUUUUUUCUGGUUUAUUUGUUUGUUUGUUUUUAUGAUAAAUAAAUUGUUCUGUGGCACAAAUCCGUGACAAGAAGAAGAUCUUUACAUAUCCAUAAGUGAAGUUUUGUGGAGAUUCACCAAACAAACAAAAAUAUUAUCGAGGUCCUGCUAGUCUAUACAUUGUAAAACAAAGCCAGCAACAUGUUUGUAUUCUGUGUGACACAUCCUAACAAGCUCAUACAUAGUGUUGAGGAUUAUGAGCCAUAUUUAUAAAGCAUUCUGUCAAGUUCAGCGGACUGUUUUGAAAGGAACAACUAAAUAAAAGUAAAUAAUAAUAAUACAAGGUAAGUGGUGACCUGCGCAUAAUAACACACAUUUUAAUAAUAAUAAUAAUUAUUAUAAUGAAGAUGGUGAUUAUGUAGUGCUUAACAACAAGAACAUCAUCAUCAUAAUAAUAAUAAUAAUAAUAAUAAUAAUAAUAAUAAUAAUAAUAAUAAUAAUAAUAAUGUUGCACUUUAAAAUAUGGAACAACCCAUCCUAGUAUUUCCAAUAGGAAUUCACGGGCGGGUCAUGUAUUUAUUUCCAGUCUUUUGGUUCGUUUCCAAGUCGCGUCUGGUGUGGAUUGACAUUCAGUGACUUUGUUGCUCUGUCCAGUGUGGAUGCAGCCUUACUGAGCUCUGUAAAUACAGAGUAUGUAUUAAAUACAUGUCCAUUUGUAUAAUUUACUUGUUCCUUUUAC